GUCAAUAAUAAUGUAUGUAUGGGAUGUGUUGUAGAUGAGAGUGAGCGAGUGCUGCUGUCGACGGAAGCAAAUUUUCGGAAUGGAGCUCUUCUCUGGACUUCGUCGCCACCACUGCGUAUUGCCUUCUUUUUGCCAUCGACCUCUCAUCGAGCCAACCCCUUUCGCACGACCAGUCUCGCCGGGACUCUCAUGGCUGCAGUCAGGACAAUGAUGUCCGCUGUGAGGGAAGAGGCGGCCAUCGUGACGCAAGAGAUCGCUGCGACAGCGAGGGCAGAGGCGGCUCAAUCCAUUCGUGCAGCUGAAGGAGAGGUGUUGAAUCCCUUGGCGAUCCGGAGAGCUGUCCAGACGACGGUCCAGGAAGGUGCAGCAGGAGAACCCUCCAUUCUCGCUCAACAUUUGUCCAUUACCAGGUCCCUCGAAACGGCAAACCCUGCAUCCUCCCUCUCGUCCACCCUCAACAUCAGCACUCACUCUGAAUCCCUCAUCACUCGAACUGUCGAACAAGACUUGGGAAUGUCUAUCAAAGAUGCUCUGGUCAAUGCUUCUCAGACAGGUGCAGAGGAGGACAUGGAUCAGGUCGCGGAAAUCGCCAAGCAGUUGGUGGCAAAGUCUGGCGAGGCUGGAUCGCAUGGCAUGUGAAGGACUGAAUAACGACACGACCCACCUGUAUGAUUACACUGUAUCGAUAAAUGCACACAUAU